GUGUGUGCGCGCGCGCGCGUGUGUGUCUGAAUGAGUGUGCGCGAGAGCGAGUGUGUGCGUAAUUCCCCCCCCCCCCCNCCCCCCCCAAUUUCAGAAUUGCAAUUCUUUUUUUUCUUUUUUCAUGUGUUAAUUAAUUUGUAGUAAUUUUUCCGCAAACGACGACACUCGCGGGGAGUUACUGCUACUACGCUGAGGUAAUAACAACAAUACUAGUGACGAGUGAUGACCGUCUCGCGCGCGCACAGUCGUUCACCGCGGAUCUUGUUGGAAUUUGCAAAAUAUUUUCGAUUAUUUUCCACUACCCUACCACUAAACAUUACCAACAAUUUCAAUCCGAUCUAUUCGUCGUCGAUCAUUUUUUUUUUUUUUUUAUCAAUAAAAUCUCUUUCGAAUUAAUUUUUUUCCGGGACCAUUACUCGAGGCUCGGCCCGGAGCGCACCGCCGACGAAAUUCGGAAACAUUAUCACAACAAUAAUAACAUUGUUGUUAUUAUCAUCAUCGGUUUUUAUUCUUCCACCCCCACCCGACGACCGAUAAGAGAAUAAUAAUAAUAAUAUUGUUCCGUCCUCACCGUCGUCGCGUGUUGUACCCCCACCGUCGUCGUCGUCGGUCGGGCCGCCGCCGCCGCCGCCGCGCCGUUAACCGCGCGAAAACCCGCGCACUGGGCGCGCAGUCUACUGGUAAAUUUCGUCGUCCGCCAGACGUUCGCAAAAAUAGACACUGGCGCCCGUGCACGCGCCCCGCACUGGCAUUAAGCUCGCGACGACGACGACAAGCCACAAGGCCCAUUCCGUUCGACCGCCGCAGGGGUUGCACACGCACGACAACGGUCGUCCUUCCGUUAUGCAAAUUUUCGCAAUCGCUCUGCCCGAAACACCGUCGGCCGAUGCCAUUGACUUUAAACCGUGCCGUUCGUUCGUACGGUGACUGUGCGUCCGCGGUCCAGACUUAAAAAAAAAAAACAAAAACAAAUAAAUAAAUAAAUAAUAGACAAUUAUCGUCCCUCUGGCCGUUCGUUUUUUUUUUUUUUUUUUAAUUUGGUUUUUUUUUUGUUUUUUUUUUUUCAUUCUAAUUUUGUAAAACGCGUCUUACCCUUAAUGAAAAUUUGUCUUUGCGCAGACCCGGAAGCACGGCGACCCAGGGCCAUGCCGAUGCCAUGAACGUUUGACGGUGUCAUCUGUGCCACAGCUCGUUAAUCGGUAAGUUUCCGACACACAGUUACUACUUACUCGGCAAACAACACGAAUCUAUAAUUAUUUAUUUUCACAACGAAUUAUAAUUAAUACCGACGGUAUUUAUUUUUUCACGUCUCGUUUCGUUCGGUCGCCACUAGAAGUCUGGCUGCCGUCUGCAUCUGCUGCAGCUCUCGUUUAGCGAUAUUAUUCCUGUUAACAUUAUCUACGCUCAUGAUAACAUCAUAAUAAUAACAACAUUAUUAUCAGAUUUUCCCGUGGAUAUUAUCAUAAAUUCGCUAAAAAGAUAUCAAUAAUAUUUCGUGUAUUUAUCAAUUAACAUUAUUUACUAACCAACAAUCGAUAAUUGCCUGUUUACAAUCUAGUCUAUUUUGCCACUGUUUUCAAUUCCAAAUCUUUCGUCUUUUUGUUUUUUACUUAAUUCAAUUUUCCCCACCGAAUUCAAAUUUAAUACCUACAUUUUUUUAAUGCAUUUUGAUAGUAACCGAGAUCAGAGUUAUGAAGUCAUGCAGAGUUUUAUGAUUUUCAUUUGUAUCGGAUAUAUUUAUAUUAUUUUUGACCGAUACAUAUUUCUAAUAACUAUUCAUGGUUUAUCCAUUACUAACUGUUUUAUAAAAUAUAUGCUUAAUAUAAGUUUCUUAGUUAUAGUAAUUAGUUAUCAAUUAGAUACAAUUCAACACAAAAACAGUAACAUAAUGUAUCAACUAAUAAAACAAAUAUCUUAUAUACCUACCUACCUACCUGUACAAAAUAAUUACCUAGAUCAUCUGCUCAACCUUAAGGGGCUAACUCCCUUCUCCCCGAAAUUUGAAAUUUGUUUAUGAAUUCUACAUAAUUUGUAGGUAUUACAAAUAUAUCUUUACAAUUUUGAAUAGGUAUAUGCAUUUUUAUCAAUUUAGUAGUUUACUAUCCCAAAAACCUAUCCAAAAAUCAGUUGGAAAUUCUUAACAACCCUCCCCCCUCCUCUCACCAAAAAUGAAUUUGGGUUGUGCAACUGACCCAGAUUAUUAGGUGGGUACCCGUUACCCACUUAAUUCGGAUUAGUUUAAAUUGUUUAUGGCAUUUAUUAAUUAUAGACACUUAUAAGACAUGCAUUUAUUAUGUUCAGCGCAAUUAAUAAUUAUGUCCAUAAUUUCAUAUUAUUCAACUUUCUAUACAAGCCGGUUGGCUUUAUUUAUAAAUUAUCAUUGUCACAUAAAAUAACAUGCAUUGAUAAUGUCAAAAACGAAAACGUUUUCAGCUUCUUCGUUUAAAAUUUGAUAUCUGUAAAACAAUCUAACAAAAGGAAAACCGUGAAUAAAACAUAUAUUUUUACUGUUCAUCUCCAUAUCUAUAGCCAACUAUGAUAAUUAUAAACAUACACUACCUAGGUAGGUAAAUAUAACCAAAACAGGUCAAUGUUAUUCAUGAAUAUGAUAAUUUACAUGUUGCAUUCAAAACUACUAUGAUUUUAAUCGGGUUACUAUUCCUGUCCGAUCAAAUAUAUAUACACGUAAUUCGUAAAAAGUUUUCAACUCAUUUAACUUGUUUUUCAUUUAUAAUAACUGUUGUUUACAUAAAACAUGUCUUUUAGAUUCACUUUAUAUUUAUUGUGACUCAUGCCGGUUUUAAAUUUAUCACAUAAAUUAUAUAAAUACAUACGAAAAUUCUAUAUUUAAUAUUAUUUGAACUUUUUUUAGUACACCUUACUUAUCUAACCAAUAUGACAUUAAAAAUCUCGUUAAAUACAUACUAAUGUAAGGACAGUUUCUUUUGAGUGGUUAAGACACAGUGCCAUAGUCAGGGUAACACUGAGGAAGUGUCCCCUCUGCCUGGAAAAAUCAUUUUUCAUUGUUUAUUUAGGUUACAUUGGUGUAUUUAAUUCUAUAUUAUUAAUCAUUUCUAAGUAAUAAUACAAAUUAUUAGUAUCGCUUCCAAUAUUUCUGAAAAUUUAUCCUCAAUAUAGUCUGACAAUGUACCCAUAAUGUUGUAAUUUAAUAUAGGUAGGUAGUUAUUAUAAAAAUACAUUGGUAAUAUUUUAUUAAUAGAUAAACAAAUAAAUGGCUUUUAAAUAUUCUAUGAAAAUUAGUAAGUACAGGUAAGUAAGUAGGUAUUUAAUUUUAUUACACUGUCAAAUAUGCCAAUAUGUUCAGUUAGAUACUUACCUAGUUAAAACUGAUAUAAUAUAUUGAAAUUGUUUUUUGUUAUUUUUUGGUAGACAAAUUUAUAUGAAAAAUAGUUAAUGAUUUGAUUAGUUAGGUUGGAACAUAGGUUAUUACUGUACUUUAAGUACUUAAAAGGUUUAUUUAAGUCUGUACUACAAAUUAAAUUUAUUGUUUAAAAUUAAUUUGAUAUAGAACAUUUUGCAAAGUUUUGAAUAAAAAUAUAGUCAAGUAUUAAUUGAGAUUUUAAUUAAAUAAGAGAAAAGCACACCUAUUUCUCAAUCCUACUCAUAGAAACUAUUAUAGAUACGUAUGCAUGGUAUAAUGCUAUUAAUGCAUGCUUAAUAUCAUACUAAUACAAUUAUCUAAACCAGCGGUUUCACAAUAGAAUACAGCAUGCAAAAACUUAAUAAAUAAAUAUUUGUUCUAAUGAUAUAUGAAUAGAUCUAAUAUUAUUUUAUACUACCUAAUUUGUGAUCACUUUUUAAAAUUAUUUUGAAUUUAAAAUAUAAUAUUUUACUACUGCCUGACUGCUUGCCUUAUCAUUUUGAAUAGCUCUAUUUUUUUCAUUAGUAAUAGAUUCAUAAUACACAUGAGUAUUACGAAAAAAAGGUUUGAGAACUUCCAAUCUAAACUAAUGCAGUCAUAUAUCAUAAAUCAACAACAGAAAAUGCUCAGAUGUAAAUCAUUUUUGCCCAAGUGCACACAUUUAUCUGUAAAUUAAAAAUGUAUUAAGAAAAAAGCAUUUGAUCAAAGAAAAAAAAAAGAUUUAGGUAUAUGUAUAUUAUAUACUUAUGUGGGUACCUAUAAAAUGAUAAAAUGGUAAAAUUCCAGAUAAAUUCAUUUAAUUAUUUCAUAUAAAUCUUUUGAAAUGUAUUUUAGUUUCAAUUAUAGUAGCAGAACUUUAAUUGUUUUAUUUGGUUAGUACUAGGUUACUAACUGUAUGUGUCCCCAUUUCUGGUUUAUUCUAAAAUAAUUAUGUACAACUAUUUUAUUCUAACAUCAUUUUGGUUUAAACAAGAAUUUAGCUAAUUCAUAUAGGUAGUUAAUUUAUGAACUGUUUUAACAGCUUAUUAGGUAGAUUUGAAAUGAAUACUACCAAAUAUGCAUAUGUGCAUAAGUUAUGUUUAGAUAGGUAGGUAUAUAAUAUUGUUUUACGUUAGAGAUUAGACUUGAAUUGAGUCACUCAUUAAUUAAAUAAACCAUUAUUGAUAAAAAAUGUAAACAUUUACAAUAUAUAUAUAUCUUAUAUUUAAAUGUAAUCUUUUAAUAUAUUUAAUAAAUCUUACAUUGAUUUUGUAUUUAACAUUUAAUUCUUUAAUAGGUAGACACAUUAUGGUACCUAUAUUAUUACGUUGGGAUAUUUUUUAGUUGUAAUAUUCUUACAUUAAACCUUGUGAAUAAAAUAUUAUCACUGGGAAACAUUUUAUUAUUCAUAUAUGUAUAAUUUUAUCAUUAAACAAUUAGUUAUUUUCUUACUUUAUCUUAAAUUACAAUUUUUAAUUAUUUACUUACUAUUUUUCUCAUUAAAAUAAUAAUUGAAAUGUUUUAGUUACUAUCAAAUUACAUUAUUAUAACCUAAUGUCAUAUUUAUUUUACAGAGCCACUGUUAUGUGUUUUUAAAUAUCGUCUAAAUUACAAUCUGGAGGAAUGGACGCUCAGCAACAAUUCUGUCUAAAGUGGAAUAGUUUUAGUAACAAUCUUGUAACUGCAUUUGAUAACCUUUUCAAAUCAGAAAGUUUGACAGAUGUAUCAUUGUUUUGUGAAGGUAUUGACUAUAAUUUAUUUUAUAAAUUAUAUAAAAUAUAAUUAUUAUUUUAAUAAUAAUUAAAUAUUAUCAUAUUAAAUUAAGUAAUAACUAAUAAUAAGUAAUAAUAUUACUUAAUUUAAUAUGAAAUACUAUUAAUAUUUAUAUUUAAAAAUAACAUUGUAUAUUAUUAAACCAGGUAAAACUUUCAAAGCCCACAAACUAAUUCUGGCAGCAUGCAGUAAACAUUUUCAAGAAAUAUUUGAAGCUACUCCACUAGGAUCUAGUUUAAUUAUCAUACUUGAUGGGACUUCUUCAACAAACAUGGAAUCAUUACUUGAAUUUAUGUACCGAGGGGAAGUUCAAAUAUCCCAGGAUAGACUCUCUAGUUUUCUAAAAACAGCGGACAAUUUACAAGUAAAAAUAACAAAAACAAUUGUAAUUUUCCUAUUACUUGCUAUUAUUUGAGAUUUUAAUUUAAUUUAUUGACUAGGUUAAAGGCCUAUCAUUUGAAUAUGAAAAAUUGCCAAUCGCAACUCAACAAAGCAGUACUGGUGAAAACAAAACAGCGAUAGAUUCCUCUAGAUUAAAACAAAAUGGUGCAACAGAAACACAAUUACCAUCUACCUCAUUCAGCCCUCUCCCAUAUAUAACAUGCCAUUAUCGUCCUACAAAUGCACACUCUGAACAUCAUCCACCUUCACCCGAUCCCCAAAGAAAUAAACGACCACUCCAUAAUAGCCCUAAUACAGUGCUAGUAUCUGAUACACUAGGUGUUCGAGCAUCUGUUUUAAGAGAUGGUUCCAGACCAGAACAUGAAUCUCCACUUUCUUUGACUUACAAUCCACAUUCAUCGGCCCAUUUGGAAAAUUCUCAUCAGCCACAAACAAAUAAUUCUGGUCCAGUAGAUGCAACUACAUCAGUUCAUAAUUACCGUAAUGUUACUAGUAACUCUAGUAAUUGUGGAGAAGGUAUAUUUUUUAUCAUAUUUAUAAAACAUACAGUACUCCAGUUACUCCAGGACUUAGUUAACAUGAACUUGGUUAACAUAAUUUAUUGGUUAACACGAACUGAUUUUCUUGUCCUGAGAAAGGCAUGUAUUAACAAACUACAAAAGUACUAUUUUAAUAAGUGUAUUUGGUUUAACCUCCUUUGUUAAUGUAAAUUUGUCUGUGUAAGUAUAAUUAAUUUAACAUGAAAGAAUUUGUGUUUCAAUUACACAGAUUACACAAACAAAAUUAGGUCAUUUUAUGGUCCCCUUUGAGUUUGUGUUAACGAGGGAGUACUGUAAUUAGUUUAAUUUAAUGAAAUUCAUUUUUAAUAAAAUACCUACUAUUCUUUGUCUAAAUAUAUUUAGAUCUUCGAAUAAAAUCUGAAUCAGUAUCUGUUCCAACUUCUGCUGCAGAGUUUCCUCAAAAUGUAAAUACACCAACUAACGAAUGGAAAACACCAGAUAAUGGACCUACACCAGCUUCUUCUCCAAAUCACUUCAAUAUCAAGAUAGAUACAUCUCACAAAAAUAUUGUGACUACUCUUACAGCUGAUGGUAAUGAAUAUUAACUUCUGAUCAGUAAUUUUCAAGUUACCAAAACUAUCUAUCUCUAAAACCAUAAUUAUAGAAGAAAACCUUAUUUUAGAAAACAUUUUGAAAUCCCAGUUUCUGAUUGAAAUGAAAUUAAUUAUAUAAUUUUUCCAAUGUAGGUCAGGGAUUUUGAUAAUAAAUGUGGGUGGCUUUAAUCAUGCAAAAUUUGUUUUAAAUAUCAACUUUAUAGUUUAGUUAAAAGUAAAUUAUUCAAUUUCAGUUUGACAACUGAAAAAAUUGCAAAACUAAAUUAUAAAGACACAUUAUUUAAUUCAUACAUUUUGAUUUAAUUCGAUAGUUAGUGUGUUUGAAUAUUAAAAUGUAACUAUCAUUGAUGGAGAACAUAAGAAAUUAAGUUCUAUAUUUCACAGAAAUGUUUGUAUACUAUUUGUAUUUUUUGUAUAACUACUAUUAUUUUGUUUUCACUGAAUGAUUAGAUAUCACUUUAAAAUAAUUUAUAUAAUUGUUACUAAUAAAAAGCUUGUAUAAAUAAUUUUUAAAAUUCCACAGUUUUGGUUUGAAAAAAAAUAAAUAAAAUUAGACAAUUGUAAUGCUUUUAAAUAUUUAUAGUUUUAUUAAUUUUUUUUUUUUUAAGAAUAAAUUAAUAAUUCAUUUUUUUAUUAGGUAAAAAAUUGCAAUGCCCAUAUUGUGAACGAUUAUAUGGUUAUGAAACAAAUCUCAGAGCACAUAUAAGGCAGAGACAUCAAGGAAUUCGAGUGCCAUGUCCAUUUUGUGCUCGCACAUUUACGCGGAAUAAUACAGUGAGACGGCAUAUUGCUAGAGAACAUAAAACAGAAAUUGCAUCGAAAUCAAACCCAACAUUUCCACAAACUGCAAAUCACAACCAAUAAGUCUUAACACAUCUACCUCUUUCCCAAAUAUUUUUACCUCCCACUUAAUAUUAUAUAUAUUCCUCCUUUAACAUUAAUCAUACCACCAGUUAAAUAUAAUAUAGUCUGGUACAUAAGCAAACUGCAGACUAUUUGACCUCUAAAGUACAAAUGUAAAUUAUUAACACUUCUGUAACUAUUAAGACUGAAUGGAGGCAGUGUUAGUUUUUAGGUGAAAAUACAUUUUUAUAGCACUGCCUCUUAUGUAAACAUACCUCAAUGAUUUUUACAUGUUAUAUUUUCAAAUAUAACUUAUAUAUUAUUUAUAAUAUUAAAAAUGUUAAUGUUGAUUCUGUGGGUUGCUUAUGUCUCCGUAAGUUAUAGUAAUACACUGUUAGUUAAGUUUUUUAAGCAGCUCUCUUAUCAUUGAUUGGAUAUCAAUAAACAAAAAUUAAUUGGCCCUGGAUGGUACAUAUUUAAAAAUUUGUAUUCAUUGAUAAGUCAUUAAAAUCCGUUUUGUUAUUAAUUGUUACUCUUAUAUGUUAGGAAAUUCAAAUCAGUUAAAAAAAAAACAUAAAUCCUUUACUAUAUAGCCAUAAUAGGGGAGAUAAUCUAUUUAAUUUUAAAUUGUCAAUGUGGCAUAAUUUUGGGGUAUAGUUGAAAAUCUUGUUAAAAAGAUGUUGCUGAAGUGUCUUCUUAAAUAAUUUCUCAUAUUACACUUCGGAUUAUAUUAUGAAUUUGAUUAUUAAUUAUUAUUCAAUGUUUAGUGAAUUAUAUUUUCUAAAUAAAUCUAAAUUAAUGAUAUUGUAUACAAUUGGAUUCAAAUUUCAAACAAAUUUAAUUUUUAAUUAAAAUAAUAAUGUGUACAAUAAAUUCAUUUUUAGUCAAAAUUAUUAUAAAAAUACAAAAUUAAAAAUAAAUUAUGUAAUUAUUAUUAAUUGUUAUUAAAGAAAAUUGAGUGGAACCUACUUAGAACAAUCUAAUUGCAAUGUAUCAUACAAUAAAUGCAAUAUUUAUAAAUUAUUACUAUUCUAUUAUCAGUAUGCUUAUUAAUUAUUAACACUUUACAUGGUUAUAAAUUAAUUACGCCUAAUGAAUUUAAUAUUAUACUUGUGAUGUUGUGGAUUGUUUGAUUUUUGAACCAUAUCAUUAUGUUUGGUUUGAAAAUCGAGCUGAAAAUUGUAAAUUUGAUAAACAAUUGGGUUGACCUAAAAAUCAGGGUUCAUGACAUCACUAUAUAAUAAAAAUUGUACCUGAUUAAAAGUUUUAUUCUACAAAAAUGUACCAUUCAUUUUCCAAAAUUGAAACCGUUAAUAUGAUAUAUAUAUAUUUUUUUUUUUAAUUACUAGUCAUAAUAUUUCUCCACUAGUCACAAUUUAAUCGAAGCCAGAAUUUGUUUUUAUUGUGUUGUAUACAUAUUUAAAAGCAAUUAUGUAUUAAAAAUCAUUAAUACAAUUUGAUUAUCAAUCCAAAUAGAAAUUUAUUUUUAUAUUUGGAAAAAAUAAUAUAUGCUUGUCUUCUACCCAUCUUUGAAUAAAUAAUAUUAUUUUAGGCAUAUAUAUUUUUCUUGAUUACAUGUUUGUGUAGUCAAUGACAAUUAAAUUCAAUUAAGAUGUCAUACUAUUUUAAUUAAAUAAUUUGUUUUGGCUUAAUGUACAAAUUUAAAAUAAGUAAUAUUUAUGAUUAAAAAAAAAAAAAAAUUAAAAAAAUUAAAUUACAAAAAAAUAUAUUAACAAUAAUAAUAGAGGCGAACUGUGGCAGGGACAUGUCAUAAUACACUUAUACAAUUUACUUAUCAUUUCGCCUCGUGUAGUUUUAUCGUAACUAUAGUACAAGUAUUUUUAAGGUCACAUGUUAUAAUUUUUAUUAGGUUAAACUGUUUUAUUAUUAUUUAUUUGUUAUUUAAACCGUUAAGAAUUUUAUUAUAUGUUUUUGUCUGUUCAAAUCCAUAAAACUUACAUAUUUUUUGCAGUCACUUUACACACUAAACAAACUGUGAGAUUGAAAUUUUUUUUACACAUCUUUAUUUGUUACCAUGGUUUGUCUUACACAAGUAAAUGGGAGUGAUCAUCUUGAUUAUUGUUUAAAUUGUCAACUUUUUUGUUGAACUAAACUGUCAAAUAAUUUUUUUCUUAUUUAUUUAGUGUAAGAUAGCCAUUCAUAACAUUUUUAUUAUUGUUACAAACAUUUUAUUAUAUAAUUUAUUAAUUUUUUUUUUUUUUUAUUAUUAUUUAGUGAUAAUUGAAACAAAAUGAUUACCGUGUUUGGUACAUAACUCAGAGUACAAUUUGGUGUCUUAAGUAAAGUUUAAUUGUAGGUAAAGAAAUAUAUUAUGAUAUUAUUUGAGGAAUUUUUUGCACUAAAUUAAGGUGCAGACAAUCUGUAUAUUUGUUCAGUAUUGUGUUAUAAGUUAUGACAUUCCGUUUAGAGUGACAUUAAGUGUUAAUUCUUGUUGUUAUUAGGUAAACAUCACUUUAAGAAAUUAUAUAGUAAUAUUUUUAAUGACCUAUAGUACAAAUUUACUACCUCCACUUCUAAUAAGUUUUAGAAUAAUUAAAUAUUAUAUUAAUUAGGCUAAUUAAUAUUAUCUAAUUCAUAUCUAUAGUUCAUUGUGUUUAAGUGAGUUUUAAUAUUAUUUUUACUAUCAAUAUAUUGUUAAAAUAUAUAAUCAAUAUAUAUUUAUAUCACAGUUUCCUAAUAUUAUCCAUCUACCUCUUGUUUUUUAAACAAAAUAUAUUAAUAAUAAAUAAUUUUGUGUUAAGAUAUAGUACAAAUCAGUGCAAAGAAUUCCUCAGUUUUUUUUUUCUUUCUUUAUAUAAAUGUACAAAGUUAAUAUUAAUAGUAAGUAAUAUAGGUAAAAUGUAAUUGUGUUGUUAUGUUAAUGUUCUGAUUGUAGGUAUUUGUUAGAGUUUGAAUUUAUUCCAUGUGUCACUGUUUUGAGUAAAUAUUUAAUCUAGAUUAUAAGUUUUGCUGUGAUUAUAUUCUGUUUAUACCAAUGUAUAGUUUCACUAAAUCAACCUUUUUUUUUUUUUUUUAAUGUAUUUAUUCAAUUUCUGUUUACCAUGAAAUUGCUUGCAAAUCAUGUUAUAUUACAAAUUAAAAUAUUUAAAUAGGAAAAAAAUGCCUAAGCAUAUUAUAAUUUACCGGUAUAGAUUUGUAGAUAAUUUUGUGAAUUGCUUAAGAACUUGUCAAAUUGUCAGGGUAUGUUUUGAUUGUACUUUUUCUCCCAUAAUAAUCUCAUAAAAUAAUACUUUAUUUCUUUCUAACAUUACUGGCUGAUUUAUAAAAUUAUUGAUUUAUAAGAAAUAAAAGUUUUUUUUUUUAAUAACAGUGCCAACCAAUAUUUUGUUAGAAUCUUUAUAGAAAAUAACCUUAUAUAAUGUUCCAUUAGUAGUUUUAAAACAAUCUAAAACUGCUCUAAAAAAAUUGUCAAUAAUAAAAAAAAAAAAAAAAAAAAAAAAAAAAAUACUAUUUACUAUUUAAAUCUUAUCACAAAAUAUGUGCAAUAAUUAUUAAUCUUUUAAGAAAAGUUAUGAAACCUGUGAGUUUUGUGUAAUGAUUAUACCUUGCAGAUUUUCAUUAAAAAUAAAAUUAAUACAAACUGUAAGUUUAUCAAAACAACCUUUUAUAAAUAUUAUUAAUUUUGAAUUAGUUUUUAGAAAAUUGCUUUCUGUUCUAAAUACACUAAACAUAGUAUAUUAUAGUCUUAUAAGUAAUAAUAUUGUUUGUCAUUUGUAAAUACAAAUAUAUAAUACUGUAUUAUAUAAAAAUCGUGGGUUUGCCAACGAUUACCUAAUUAUCUAAUUACCUUAAAUUGUCACUUUAUGUUUUUAGAAUAAUUACUGUAUUAAUUAUGAUUUUGCUAAUUGAAGCUUUAAAUAGUAAUUGAUUUGUAAUAAUCACUAGAGUACGAAUGUUGAAACAAAAAAAAAAAUUGUAAAAAGCAUUUUAAAUAAAGCUAAAAAGCUAUUAAGCUAUUCAAAAGUCGGUUAUUUUCUUAAGAAUUUUCUUUUAUAUAGAGAUCUGAAAAAAUAGUGAAGCAGCUCCUAUUUUAAUUCUAUUAAAACUUAAAGAUUUAUCUUUGAUAUUUCUUAAGGAGAUCAUGACUAUUUCUAUUUUCUUAAUAGCAUAAAUUAGAUUACCUAUCAUCUUUUUUUUUCGC